CUGGUAUAUAAACAAAGUAUGUUUGAAAUACAAUGAUUCAUAUCUCCGAGGCUGUGAAUUGUGUUCUGGACUCAACUGGCUGGGUUAGAUAGGGAAGCGAGACCAAUCAGAACCCUAGGUCGUUCUACGUCUUUGUGCGUCUUUGGUCCGAUCAAUAAUUCGCUACCCUUAAUCCGCAGCAUCAUUUGCACUUUAUAACAAUUGGCGACGGGGUGAAGAAAAGAUACAAUCCAAAGUCAUUCUGUAAUUGGACGAAAUCCAGUCUAAUUAUCCAACCAAUCAAUAUCCAGAUUGUCGUCAGUGUCCUUGAACCACAUUGGUCAUUAGUUAUACAGUAAUUUUCAUCACAGGUGCUGAUUCGAAAAAAUGACUCUCCCUUCCGAUCGAUUACAGCUGCUCUUUGAACGACAUUUGGACUUAUUAGUCAAAUUCCGCACGCAGCUGCUAAAUCACUCAUGCUAUGAAGACGCGACGGAAGUGGAUGGAUUGAUAUCUCAAAUACACAAUGAGCUGGAAAAUGACAGCAGCCUCCAUGAAUCCUCGAUGAACUGUACUUCAAACGAAACAGUCAUCCAUGAUGCGCCCAGUGGUCCAGCACUUUCUAUCCCAGAAACAUGCCCGGUAAUGGAGUCAAACUCCAUCAUCCCUCAAACAGCAUGUGCAGACAGCAACGUAUCCAGCUCACGAAAAGAUCCCAUUGUUUUGUCAGAAAAUAUGUCCCAUACAUCAAAUAGUGGUCAGAAAUCUAAUACAAUUUUGAUAGAUGCUGUUUGUUUUAGUGACCUAUUAUCCACUAAUGGAAUUUUGAAGAGAUCUGAUGGAAAUGCUUCACAAGAAUCAAACCCUAAUGACCUCAUAUAUAUUGUCGCUGAUCCUCACCAUCUAGUCAGUCCUAGUGGACUCUCUACUCAACGCGGGAAAUAUGCUUCGAAUAGAGUCACAUCAACUGUUCCUAGAGUAUGUGAGGACCCAACAUUAUUUCGAGGGGGAGGAUAGACGCGAGAAAAAUUUAAAAUCCAGACAUCAACUCCGGAUCUCCAAAAAAGGGAGGUGUUGGGAUAUUCAGGAAAAUAUCCCAAAAAUUAUCCUGUUAAGACUCAUGCUAUCCUUGGACAUGAAAUGGUAUCAUCUUAUUGGUCAAUAUUUAUUUAACGUGUCAUUUUCCUACUGGCCAUUAUUGUACAAUGUUAUUUUCUAUUUUAUGGGACGUUGUGGUCUGCUUGACUG